AUGGUCCCCCAAAUCAACACAGCAGCGGAAGCCGAGCUUGUCGUGAAAUACUCGAAAUUCCCGCCAUACGGCUUGCGUGGCCAAGGUUCGCCUUUUCCUGGCCUUGCGCAUGGUAUAACCAUACCUCAGUAUAUGAAAUCAGCGAACGAGACUCUGUUGACCUGCAUUCAGAUUGAAACCAGAGAGGGAUUGGAGAACGUCGAUGCGAUCUGUGCUGUGGAUGGUGUUGAUAUCGUUUUCAUUGGUCCCAACGAUUUAGCACAAUCCUUGUUAGGCUACGUUCCAGCUCGAGGCGACGAACCCGAAUUCGUAGCCGCCAUGGACAAGAUCGUAGCAUCAGCACGAAAACACGGUAAAUGGGUAAGUAGACUAUCCAACAGCGGUAAACUCGCAAAGGAACAUCUACAAGUCUACGAUACCGUUGCUCUGGGAGCCGAUAUGAAGGCGAUCACCAUGUGGUAUCAGAAUGAAUUGCAAGAUGUCAGGGGUUGA